AUGGUACGAAUGCCCACGAGUAUGCCAAAGAGUCACGUGUCAAAGGACGGUCGUGGAGCCAAAGAGGCUGCAUCCGAAACGGUGAACGAAAUGUUGUCGGAGGCGGAGCAAAUGCGUCGUCGUAAUAAUGUGGGCGACGCCAGUCGUCGGACAUUGGAUCAGAUCCAAGAAGAUGCACGUAAUCUUGGAGAAUACGCGCGAGGCAAAAUGCAGCACAUGAAUGAAGUGAUGCGAGAAGCGGCAGCUUCGGCACGUGAAUCCACUGGGCUUCCGGACUCUGCUCCUGUACCGACGGACGCUAUCAGUGACUCGGUGAUGGAUUCCUUCAAGGCGGCGAGUGAAAAACUCAAUGAUGAGAUUACUGAUCUUGGAGAACGUGUUGAUAGUGUCAAGGCUCGUAUUGCUGAAUCGAUGCACGCUGCCGGAGGAAAAGCCAAGGAUACAUUGCAUAAGAGCUCUGAAGCUGCCAAGAACGUUGGUGAACGAGAAUACUGCUUGCCAUUGCCCACGGAUCGGAUCUGUGCGCGGCACGUGGUGUUCUUCAGCAUUCCACUGCUUGCCAUUUUCCUGCUAAUGAUGCUGCGUCGUCGCUACCCGAAGAAGUGGAAAGCCAGCGUGGACAAGAUGAAACAACCACGCACGGUGUUAGCACGGGACGCACCGAAUAGCGAGAAGCUCAAGUCGAACAUUGAAGGUGUUGCUGGAAACGUUGGAGACAAGGUCGAGUACUCCAAACAGUGUGCCAGUGGACUGAUGGACCAAGCGCGCGCCAAGUACGCGCAAGCGGGAAGCAAGAAGGACCAGUAA